AUGGGCUCGGAGAAUGAAAUUUCUCCGGCCGAUGCUCGUAAGGCUCCCGGCAAAGAACAACAAGCCGCCGGCGUCGGAAUUCUUCUUCAGAUCAUGAUGUUGGUCUUGUCGUUCGUCCUCGGUCACGUCCUCCGUCGCAAGAAGAUUUACAUCAUUCCUGAAGCCAGUGCUUCUCUUCUCAUAGGGUUAAUUGUUGGUGUUUUAGCUAACAUUUCAGAUACUGAAACUAAUAUCAGGGCUUGGUUCAAUUUUCAUGAGGAGUUUUUUUUCCUGUUCCUGUUACCACCGAUCAUAUUUCAGUCUGGUUUCAGUCUUGCACCUAAACCGUUUUUCUCAAAUUUUGGUGCAAUUGUGACAUUUGCUAUAUUUGGUACCUUUCUUGCUUCAGUUGUAACGGGUGUCUUGGUUUAUCUUGGUGGGUUGGUCUUCCUUAUGUAUAAACUACCUUUUGUUGAGUGCCUGAUGUUUGGCGCCCUAAUAUCAGCAACCGAUCCUGUUACGGUUUUAUCCAUAUUUCAGGAGCUGGGCACUGAUGUCAAUCUAUAUGCUUUGGUUUUUGGAGAAUCUGUUUUGAAUGAUGCAAUGGCAAUAUCUCUGUACAGGACUAUGUCAUUGGUUAGAAAUAACCCAUCUGGACAGAAUUUCUUCAUGGUGGUUGUUAGAUUUUUGGAGACUUUUGUUGGGUCUAUGUCUGCAGGUGUUGGAGUUGGGUUUACAUCUGCUUUGCUAUUUAAGUAUGCAGGCUUGGAUGUUGACAACCUUCAGAACUUGGAGAGCUGUCUUUUUGUUCUCUUCCCAUAUUUCUCGUACAUGCUGGCUGAAGGCCUUGGUCUGUCUGGUAUUGUAUCAAUAUUAUUCACAGGAAUUGUCAUGAAGCACUAUGCGUUUUCAAAUUUGUCACGAAGUUCUCAAAGAUUCGUCUCUGCCUUUUUUGAGUUGAUAUCAUCAUUAGCAGAAACAUUUAUAUUUAUAUAUAUGGGCUUUGACAUUGCUAUGGAACAACAUAGCUGGUCUCAUGUUGGAUUUAUAUUCUUCUCCAUUAUAUUCAUUGUAGUUGCAAGAGCUGCAAAUGUCUUUUCUUGUGCUUACCUGGUCAAUCUUGUCAGACCUGCACAUCAACAGAUACCUCCAAAAUACCAAAAAGCACUUUGGUAUAGUGGACUUCGAGGGGCAAUGGCCUUUGCCCUUGCUCUGCAAUCAGUUCAUGAUCUUCCAGAAGGACAUGGACAGACCAUCUUCACUGCAACUACAGCUAUCGUUGUUUUGACGGUAUUGCUGAUUGGUGGUUCAACAGGUACCAUGCUGGAAGCUCUAGAUGUCGUAGGUGGUGAAGAUCACAGUGAUAACUCUUUGGCUUCAGUUGGUCCUAUCACAAAUUAUGAGGAGGACAAUGGUUAUAUUGCUCCUUCAUACGAUGAUGAAUCAUCGUCAUCUGGGAACAAAAUUAAGAUGAAGCUAAAAGAAUUCCACAAGAGUGCUGCAUCUUUUACGGCAUUAGAUAGAAACUAUCUUACCCCAUUCUUUACAAGCAAUAAUGGAGACGACGAAGAAGAAGCCCAGCCUUUUACUUCCAGAAGUUCUUUUACUUCUUCAAGAUCAGGAUUUCAUGGCCAGAGCCCAUAUUCAUCAUGA